GGGAGACCCCAGCUUAUCACUAUGGGACCCACUACUCCUCAGCCAUGAUCGUGGUCUCCUACCUGGUCCGGAUGGAGCCUUUCACUCAGAUCUUCCUACGCCUGCAGGGCGGUCACUUCGACCUGGCUGACCGGAUGUUCCACAGCGUGCGGGAGGCCUGGUACUCAGCCUCCAGGCACAACAUGGCAGACGUGAAGGAGCUCAUCCCAGAGUUCUUCUACCUCCCCGAGUUCCUGCUCAACUCCAACAAUUUUGACCUAGGUUGCAAACAAAAUGGCACUAAACUUGGUGAUGUGAUCCUGCCCCCCUGGGCAAAAGGAGAUCCUCGGGAGUUCAUCAGAGUGCAUCGGGAGGCUCUGGAAUGUGACUUUGUGAGUGCACAUCUGCAUGAGUGGAUUGACUUAAUCUUUGGCUAUAAACAGCAAGGUCCUGCUGCAGUAGAAGCUGUCAAUGUCUUUCACCAUCUCUUCUAUGAGGGGCAAGUGGACAUAUAUAACAUCAAUGAUCCAUUGAAAGAGACUGCUACCAUAGGAUUCAUUAAUAACUUUGGACAGAUACCAAAGCAGCUCUUUAAGAAGCCCCACCCCCCGAAGCGGGUGAGGAGCCGGCCCAAUGGGGAGGCCAUGGGGGCCUCUGUGCCCCCCAGCUCCACGGCUGACAAGAUCUUCUUCCAUCACCUGGACAACCUGCGGCCAUCUCUUGCCCCAGUGAAAGAGCUGAAGGAGCCCGUGGGACAGAUCGUGUGCACUGAUAAAGGCAUCCUGGCCGUGGAGCAGAAUAAGGUUCUCAUCCCACCCACGUGGAAUAAAACCUUUGCCUGGGGCUAUGCAGACCUCAGCUGCAGGCUGGGCACCUACGAGUCAGACAAGGCAGUAAUUGUUUAUGAGUGCUUGUCAGAGUGGGGUCAGAUACUGUGUGCCAUUUGCCCCAACCCCAAACUCGUUAUCACUGGAGGAACAAGCACAGCAGUGUGUGUGUGGGAAAUGGGCAUCUCCAAAGAAAAAGCUAAAGCCCUCACACUGAAACAG